AUGGCGCAAGAGCUCUCCUCAGCGGUUCACGAGCCUUGUAAGGCGGCGGUCAAGUCGCGGAAUGACUGUAGUGCGCAAAGAGGGGACCGAGAGGACGGAGCAUAUCCGAGCUCAGAGAGUGAUGCUGAACUCGGCGACCCCACCGGCGUAACACGAGAAGCAAAGCCGUUGCUCUCGGACGAUCCAUCUCAUCUCCAGGAUGAAGACAAGGAGCACAAAUCUAGCACGCCUCAUACCGGCCAUGAACGCUCUCAUUCAAGAUCAACUUCACCAGCCCCCACACCAUUUCGCGGAAGACGAAAGUCACUCAAACGAUCCGAAUACAUCUGGAUCUGCCUGACCCUAACCCUAAUCGCCACACUCGGUUACUCUUCACAACUAUGCAUCAUGCUCCCCUACUUCCACAAAACGCCUUCCUUCGCGCCUUGGGGCCUCGCAGCAGUGUUAAUACCCUUCAACUUAGGCUUGACGGCUAUCUUUUACAACUACUACCUCUGCAUAUUUACUGAUCCAGGUACCGUACCUCCGGGUUGGCAACCUGAUUGGUCUGCACUGCAUCCCCCAACAACACCCUCAAGAGGAGAAUCACAAUCAAUAGAGUUGAAAGAAACAAUCCUCCGUCCUCGAUACUGCAAAAGAUGUCAGGCUUACAAACCACCUCGUUCUCAUCACUGUAAGACUUGCCGUCGAUGCAUUCUUCGUAUGGACCAUCACUGUCCUUGGCUUGCGAACUGCGUUGGGCAUUUCAACUAUCCUCACUUUAUCCGAUUUCUAUUGUUUGUGGAUGUGACAUGUUUCUAUCACUUGGUGAUGAUUUCAUGUAGGGUAUUGGAUAACUUUAACACAUAUACUUAUUGGAGAGAGCCAGGUGGGAGGGAGAUUGUUUGGUUAGUUGCAAAUUAUGCCUUGUGUAUACCGGUCUUGGUGCUCGUCGGAGUGUUUAGUGGCUAUCAUUUUUACUGUGUCGCAUCGAAUCAGACGACGAUAGAGGCUUGGGAGAAGGAUAGAGUAGCUACGAUGGUGAGGAGAGGGAGGGUUAGGAAGCUAAAGUAUCCCUAUGAUUUGGGAGUGUGGAGGAACGUGAGGAGCGUGAUGGGAGAUAACGUUUUUACUUGGUGUCUUCCAGGUAAAGCUAUGGGGGGCAAGGGCGAAGGGGUCUGGUAUGAGACAGCAGAUGGAAUAGGUAAGUACACUAGAAGUCGAAGAAACAGAGUUUCGAGAUGCUUCUUUACAAGUGUCAAGUCAAGCAGGUGGAGAGAGAGGACAAAGGUUCAAGAUUCAGCCACGGUUCAGAUGUGUGUAGAGGGUGAGCGGGAUAAAGAGGAAGAGGAGGUGGUUUUGCAUGAGGAACAUGAAUGUUUUGUCGAUCCAGAGUUGGAGACUUCCGUGUUGCACAGCUUGAGGUGCGACGAUUGGCAUAGACAGCAAUCACGUUGGCAACGAUGGCAGGAAUGGCAGCAGCAACAAAUGGGAGACAUAGAUUGGACUUUUUCACUUCUGAUCGUUCUGGCUGUUCUUCGAAUGUGCUUUGCUGACAACCGUCUGAUAUAUCUCAUGCGUGCAGACGAGGGCGCUCAAUACAGAUGGCCGCCAAAAGACCCAUCGAAAUCAAAUGCCAACUACUCCUCCUCACAUGGUUGGGCAAUGGAAGACACUCAGGCCCCACCUCUAUUCCCCUCCUAUCCCUCCAAUCCCACAACGCCGGUCCUACCACCAGGCGCAACCUCUUCCUCCCCGUUCACAUACGGUAGCGGCUUCAACCCAAACCUCCGACCAACCAACUCGAGCUCACUUCGAUUUCGCGGCCCUAACGCAGAUGCUGUUCAGAAUAGCUGGCUCAGAGAGACGGAGAAGGAAAGUGAAGGAUCUAGUAUUUCUUCCGGCUCAGAUGACGAGCUGGAGAUUGCUGCCGGGUGUAUGCCGAACUUUGCUGAACCUAGUGCGGAUCAGCUUGAUAUCGCGGCCAACUACAAUCACGGGCAGUAUUACGGGUCUCAGCAUGAAGAGGUGUUCGAAGAUGAGUACCGAGAAGAGGACAAGGAGGACAGUGAGGAGGACAGUGAGGAGGACAGUGAGGAGGACAGUGAGGAGGACAGUGAGGAGGACAGUGAGGAGGAGAGGAGGGUGUUGGUGAGACGCGGAUCGGAGGGGUACGAAGUUCGACCUCGGGCUGGUUGGAUCGUUUGA